AUGUACGAAGCAGACUCGUGGUACACUGCCUUUGUGCCGCGCACCGCCAAGCCCCAGGAGAAGGGCAAGCACCGCCGCAGAGAGAGCCUGCUUAAACAGGAGAACGAGAGUCAGGCUGACUUCGAGCGCGCAGAGGCCAUCGCGGAAACAGCAGAAGAAGAUCGACCCGGCAAGCUCAAUGGCCCUCCACCGGCCACCGUGGCCAGACGCGCCAAGUCGUACAGCGACUUCUACACCGUCGUGCGCGCACAUCUGAAGAAGGAAAGGGCCCUCGAGAAGAAGAAGUCACGUGAAGACAUCAGCACCGAGCUGGAGUUUGCCGACUGGUACGGCGGUGUCAGCGAUGAGCUACUCGAGGCCAGCCACGAGGAGUACAGGCUCUACCAGAACCAACUACACAUAACGCGAAACCACCUCGAGAACAUCAUCUCCGACACAACAUCGACCCUCGAUGUUCUCUCCUCCCUCUCCGAAUCCUUCAAGAUCGUCGAAGCCCAAACAAACGCCUUCCGUACACAAUGCGAAGGCCUCAUCGACGACCAGAAGCGCAUCACCAAGCUCGCAGACGAUAUGGAGCAGAAUCUGCGAUACUACCUCUACCUCGAACCUACCACGAAACGGCUCAAUGCUCCGGGAGCAGGCAAGAUUGUGCGGGGUAAAGAAUUCGUCGAGAUGCUGGCCAACCUGGACAGCUGCCUCGAAUAUAUGCAGGCGCAUUCCAAGCAUCGCGAAGCCGAAACGUACCGAUCCAGAUACCGACUGCUCCUUACCCGUGCUCUCACCCUCAUCCGCGUCCACUUCACCGAAGCGCUUCGAGAAAUCGCAGCCGAUGUGUCGAAGCGGAUAGCGGAUAGACAACUGAACGACACCACCAUGUCUGCGCUGUUGUAUGCCAAAUUCCGCGUCGGCGCGCCGGAGCUGAAGAGUAUAGGCAUCGAGAUACAAAAGCGGGCAGUACUGCCGGCUGGAGCAGCGCCGGGCGGAGAAGCCGAAUACCAAAGUCUGAUGAACGAGCUGUACCAGAGUUACUCAGCCACUCGUGGCCGACUCAUACUCCCCAUCGUUACGAAGAAGAUUGGCGAGAUCGCACAAGCUCCAAGCACAUCGACGGAUCUCGUAGCCUUUGCGCGGAGCAGCAUAAGCUACAUACGUGGCAUAUGUUUCGACGAGUGCGACUUAUGGCGAGAGUGGUUUGAGGGCGACGGCGGAUUGUACGACUUCCUCGAAGCUGUAUGCGAGCCUCUAUACGACUACCUGCGACCGCGCACCAUCCACGAGACACAGAUACUCAAGCUAUGCGAACUCUGCACGCUGAUACAGACACGAUACAUGGAGGAAGAAGAGGAGGAGUCGCCGGUUGAGGCGAACAAGCUGGACUUUUCUGUCAUUGUACAUCCCGCCCUGCAAGAUGCACAAAACAGAUUGGUUUUCCUAUCGCUUGCGAUCCUGCGAGACGACAUUGAGAGAUACAAGCCUAAACCAGAAGAUCUCGAUUAUCCAGCAAAGAACAAGAAGCACGCCACUUCUGGGACAAAGUCGAACCAACCCGUUCUGUCUGGCAAGAAGCAGCCCAAGUCCGAGGUCCCGCCCACCCCUUUGAUGCCAAAGACGCCCACAAUAGUCGAAGACGACGACCCAGAUGCCCGGUGGAACUUCAAUACCGAAGCGGCCUUCAAAGACUGGUACCCUACAUUGCGCAAAGCGAUUUGGUUGCUCAGCAAGAUCUACAGGCUCGUUCAUUCUUCUGUAUUCGAUGAUCUGGCUCAUCACAUCGUCCACAGCACCACGCUUUCUCUCGCGCAAGCUAGCACGCUGCUUGCUAAAUCCGCCUCACCCACCGAUGCCGCCCUCUUCCUCGUCUCGCACCUCCUUCUCCUCAAACAACAAAUCGUAGCUUUCGACAUUGAGUUCGUCACGCCUGAGACUGAAGUCCAGUACAAUUUCGCAAGCCUCACGAAUACUUUCUGGGAGCUGCGUGCUCGGGGCGGCCUCUUCAACCCGCGUAAUCUCGUUGGUCUUUUGAUACCCAAGGUCGUAGAGAACAUGUUGGAUGCCAAAGCUGAAGUGGAUGCACGCCUGCGCCAAGCGAUUAAUGACUUUACUGGUCAAUUCGUCGCCAGAAUGACGGCACCGAUCGAUACCAAGGGCAACAAAAAGGUGCCUGUGAGUGAAGCUCCUGCGCGCACGAGCAAGAUCCGGCAGAACAUUGAGCAUGAGACGCCGUUCCUGAGAUCGAAGCUGGAAGAAUACAUCACCGACGCUCGUACACGCGAGAUGCUUGUAGCUGCUGUCAUGGAAUCUGUCACCCAAGCAUACGAAGACUGGUACGACUCGUCAUACUCGCCAUCUCUUUCCAACCAAAACGGGGCGAGCAGAAGCACGAAGGGUAAGGGAAGGGAAGAUGGAGUCUGGGAUCCGGACGUGUUUAGUGAGUGGUGCGUCAACACGUUCAAAGUCGGCACGCUAGGACUGGGCAGCAUGGAUGAUGAACAAGAUGAUUAUCAAGAUGAUGAUAGCGAUGCAGACAGUAUGGGUGCCACCAGCGGGAGAUCAGGCACAGAAAGGACAGGAAACACGGGUCUGAGGAUCAAGAUGUGA